AUGUGUGCAACAAAGACCAGUAAAGCAUGCUGGGGUUCCCGUGGCCUCUCUUGUAUUCAUCAUGACAUCAGAUGCAACAGCAACCAGCAGAUCGCCAUCUAUGAUGCGUACUACACUGGCAAUACAGAGUGCGGUGCUGCUCUCACUAGUUGCACAGUGAACCUGGACAAUGUGACAGAACGUGGACAUCACAGGUUCAACAACACCGAGCUGGUCUCCCUCUACAACCACUGCUCAACAGAGACUCAGUGUGUGUAUCGUGCCACACGGCGUAGUGCAGGUCUUACAUUCUCUGUUGUCAGAUAUCUGUGUACUGAAAAAGGUGAUUUAUUGAACAUCAGUGGAGGUGUUGCAGAGGGAUUGUCGCAAGUCUCACUCACCCACGGAGACCAAAGGAUACCUAAUUCUACACCACAAACUGACAAUUAUACCUGCAGCUUCAAGUCUAAUGUCGCUGCUACAAGCAUAUCAGUGUAUGCUCUUGACGCGCGGUCAGGACGAGGAACUCCAGGGCAAUGCUUCUCAAAAUUAUCUGUCCUACCUGGGGAUGUCAUCACAACGAAUAAUUGUUCAUCUGUCUUCCAACCGUUUGAGAGACUCAACGUAAGAGCGGAACUCCCGACAUUUCUAUACUUCAUUGAUAUUCCCAGAUCAUCAUUAACCUUAAUUUGGCUUCUGAUUAAUGCAUCCGACCCUUUUGAUGUGAAGUGUGAACAAGCAGCAAGCGCAGGGGGAUUCACCACCGAGUCCACUAAUAGUACAUCUCCUAUAUCCACCUCCCGACAAUUCCCAGGGGAAUUCAACACUGCGCCAGAUAAGGACAGAUAUCCGAUAUCCAUCUCUUCACAAUUCCCAGCUGGUGUGUUUGUGGGAGGCGUGGCUGUCGGAGUGGUUAUCGUCAUCCUGGUCUGUCUUGCAGUGUACGUCCUCGUUGUCAGACGCCGGUAUGAUCUUACCCCGAAGAAACAAGGAGACACCCCAGCUUCUAUUGAACACCCCAGCUACUCCGGUAUGUCAGCUGGGGGUGAUGUCAACAACUAUGACAUUAUUGAACAGACUUCCGGGUUUCAAGGGGAUACUGCACAUGAUGUGGCGGCUACUCCAGAUUACCAGAACCUUUGAUUUAAAACUUUUGUACCUAUUUUAUCAGAGGUAAAUGUAACACAGACAUGAUUAAAUUAUAUGAUAACCAUGUUAUAUCAUAAUUAUCCGUGUUAUUUUGAAAGUAGUAUCUGUCCCAGGCGUGAUACCGAGAGAAACGUAGUUCUGUGUGUCCUUUCUAUUUCACACAUACGCACACACACAAAAAAACCUGCAGGAGGUAUUUUUUUCUUCUAAAUUGUACCUUUAACGCAUUGACGCGCCUUUCACUACUAAGCCCACCUUUUUUGCAACUACUUGCUUAAAACAUCCCUGCGGUCACAAUCUAUACGUGUACUGUAUAUAAAUUAUGGUGUAGGCUUUUCGCAGUUCCUACAAUUCGUCUUUUUUCCAUUUAUUUUUCUGAACAGUUUGUAUCCUAUUAAUGCUUGAAAUAAAUACCGACAUUACGCUUCAGCAUUACACUUUUGUCAAGGACGAUGACAUUGUUUUUAAUUUCAGAGCGAGGAGGAAGACUGCUGUGUUAUAUGAUCUAUACAUUUUCUGACACUGUAUUUGCUACCCUCACUAUGUAAUGCUUGUAACCAAAUCACUCGACUUUGCAUGACAAAUGUGGAAUCAUGCUGUUCAAGUCAGAGGAGGUAGAGGCGUUUAGAGCUGAGCUUUUGAUAUUAAUAUCCCAAAAGAAAUCAGCAAAAUUUACUGAACAUCCACUUCGGCUGUCGGCGAUUAUCUGUAACAUAACAUCCGCGUAAUGUUCGUCAUACACAUGUUUGCAAAUCACACGUCUCUCACAUACGUUAUCAGUGAAGCAGGAAGGGGAAUUGUAAUUGUGAUUCACAGUUACAGCCAUGUACACGUGACAAUAACACUGACACAGUUAUCGUAGUUCCAACAGACGAGGAAAAUAGAAACAUUGGCUUGUCAGAUAUGUUUGUAGUUGUACAAUGUACACAGUGUAAAACGAAAUCCGAUAUCUCAACAGGGAAAAUGGUAAUGCGGUAGUUCAACUGAAUUGGACAAGCAACCAAGGAAUGAAUAUGAUUAUAACAUUAGUUUGUUAUAUAUGUUGUGGUAGGAUAUUUAAUAAUAGUUCAUCAUCAUCUUUUGUCAUGUUUUCUGGUGCAUUUUUGGUUAGUUGAUUUCAACCAAUUUUAUGAUGUAGCAUGGGUUGCAUGGGGAUCUUCACGGGUUAUUUGAUAUCAGUUACAGGAUGAAUUCAUUGGUCUCGCUGUUAAAUUGCAAUUCACACACAUAGAAUAUUAGUAUCCUUUUUGAUGUCAGUUACUAAAAUGCUGUGUGUUUGAUAAGAUAAUACCACUUUAAUUGCUUAACAUCGAUAUCAGUGGAUUCACGGGUACAAGAGUAAAAUUGAUGCCAGCGUGGGACUGGGACGUAACUGUACAAUGAACAGUUAACCAUAGGAAGUAGUUCUGUAAGCUAAUUUGUAUAUAGUUAAAUCCUGCACGAGCUUUUUGUCAUGCCUUAUCAUAUAAUAAAUUACUAUUUCUUUAUCUA